CGGAGCCGCGGCGAGCGCCAGCCCAGUCCGAGCGGCCGCGGCCCCUUUAAGGAGCCGCUCUGCGGUAACCCGAGCCCGCAGUCCGGGCGGGCGCGGCGGCAGCGCGAGCCUCGGCGACAGCUCCUCCAGGCUCCCCCGGCUUCCCGCGAGCAUCUCGCGCGUGGCUCCGGCCGGCGCAGCCCUCGGGCCGGGCUGGAUGACCAGGCGCCUGUGAGCCCCGUUGCGUUCUCCCGGCCCCGCGCAGCCGCCGCCCGCGGGAGUCGUCCCGGGACCCGGCACAGGCAAUGGUUUAUGACUUAUCUUAAAUGAUUCUUAGAAAUUAUCCGAUCAACUCUUUCAAUUUAUAGAUGAGAAAACUGAGUCAAAGAGAAACAGGCUGAGGGACUAUGGAGGCGAGCAGUAAGCUGGCCGUUGGCACUCUCUGCAGCAGCUUUGUCAUCUUUCAGGUUCUUUUCCAUUUUGUAAGUUACUGGUUUUCGGCAAGAGUUUCUUCAGGUUAUAACAAUCUUAGCAUCGAGAAGAAGAUCGAGUGGAACUCAAGGGUCGUAUCUACGUGCCACUCCUUGCUGGUUGGGAUUUUUGGCUUAUACCUCUUCUUCUUCGAUGAGGCUACUAUAGCUGACCCACUCUGGGGCGAUCCGACGUAUGUGAACAUAAAUAUUGCGACAGCUUCCGGCUACCUCAUUUCUGAUUUAUUCAUUAUACUUUUUAAUUGGAAAGUGAUCGGCGACAAAUUUUUUAUACUCCACCAUUGCACAGCACUAGCUGCGUACUUCUUUGUAUUGAAAUAUGGAGUGCUUGCAUACAUUGCCAAUUUCCGCCUGCUUGCUGAGCUUUCCAGCCCCUUUGUAAACCAGAGGUGGUUCUUUGAAACCCUGAAGUACCCCAAGUUUUCCAAAGUCAAUGUCAUCAAUGGAAUUCUUAUGACAGUGGUCUUUUUCAUCGUGCGGAUCAUGGCAAUACCUCCAAUGUAUUUCUACGUUUACUCUGUGUAUGGAACAGAACCCUACAUAAGGUUUGGAUUUGUAAUCCAGUUUGCCUGGAUCUCUACUUGUAUUAUUUUAGAUGUGAUGAAUAUCAUGUGGAUGAUCAAAAUCACGAAAGGAUGCAUCAAAGUCAUCUCUCUCAUCAGACAAGAGAAAGCCAAGGAUAACCUUCAGAAUGGAAAACUCGAUUAAAGGCGUGCUUCAUCAGACACCUUGUUUCCAUAAGCCAUCUUCAUUCCCGUGUGCCGUCUGAUAGAAUGAGUUUCUGCGCCGCUCUGUUUGGCAGGAUCGUUACUCAUGGUUUCAGUGUUUUCUUUUCUCCUUUCUUUAAUCUUUAGACAAGAGAAAAUAAAAUUUAGUUUUCACCCCAGGAUUUCUUUUUUCCUUCUAUAUUUUUAAGCAUGAAUGGAAAUUGAAAGGCUUAAAUAAAAGUUGUAAGUAGAAUGGCAAAACCUUUCUGAACUCUCAGUGUACAUUGGGAUUUUUCUCUGCAGGAAAGUGACUGGUGAGUUGGUGGCGUUUGUAUACCACCCAUUUUGCUGAAGGAAUGAGAAUGACAUUUAAGUCUGUGAGCAGCUCAGUUCUCUGUUCUUUUCUAAUGUCAGUGCCUGUACAGGGCUUCAUUUCUAAGUUGCCAGCAUGUCCCUUCCCCAGGCCAUCAGAAAUGACACAAUUUUAUUGGGGUAUGCAGUCAUCUGUUACGAUGGAGUAUUUCUCACGUUGAUACUAUCAUAUUUGAAAAUAGUUUAUGCAUUUUAAGAUUUCAGAUGCUGCUUUAUUUUUUAUCUUUAGUGCUUUAUCCAAUUAUAUUUUGAAAAUUUUAUAGUCAGGCAACGUUUAAGACCCAUCGUAUGGAACAUAUGAAUGCCGGUAGAUGACACUCAAGCUAAUGGGAGGACUCCUAGGAACACACGUCCUCAGCACACUGCCUUCCCCUGUUUCCUUGUACUUUGCCCAUGAAGAUCAUAUUUCUUCUUGCAAAAUCUUCCCCAAGUUCCAAGCCUGACACCAGAGCAUCAGUCUUUUCUAGACUGCAGUGGACAUGCUUCUGAAAUUAGCCUCACUUUGGUGAGACUAAAACUACAGACAAGUCAGGAGUUUUGCUUUACUCAGAGAUUUUACUCAGGCUUGCUUAGUUUAUCUUUGCUUUUUUGUUUUCUUAAAGAGCAGGAGGGAAGGAAGGUGAUUUAACCCAAGUGUUCUGAUUAUCAAAACUGUCAUUCUAUGUGAGAAAGGUAAUCGUGGGCGUGCAUGGGCGUGCAUGUGUGCGCGUGCAUGCCUGUGUGUGGGCACGUGUUUUCCUUUGAUUCUUGCAAUCCAAAUAUAGAAUUAUAUAUUUAGCUAUUGUUGCCUUUAUUUAUUUCUUUCUGAAGUACUUGACUUUAAUGAUUGUUCUUAAGAUACAGACUUAAUCCAAUUAGUGGUGAAUACUUGAAUUUAACUGAACCUAAACCAAAAGAUCUAAUCCGUUUAGAGUCUCAGACUGAAGGAGAACGUUUGACUCUUUCAUUAUUCAUCUUAUGACGAUGACAGGAGACUAGUGGAAUGUAAUCAAAACAUUUAAUGUAAUGUAGUUUAAUUUAAUUGUCCAAUACAGAUAGAGUCUGGAAAGUUCUAGUAUGUUUAAAGAUGGGAAUUGAAAUUCCAGUCAAUCAAAUGAUAAAGAUCAAGUUGACUGUCUUGUACUUGGUGUAUUUACUUUUGAAAGAUAAAGUCAGGUAAAAGAUAGGGCUUUGUCUGUUGGUAAUGGCUGGCUAAGUUUAAUGCUGUCUCCAGCAUAGGCACUUAAGUGUGUAUUGGUGUGUAAAAGUGAAGGUAUAGGAGUGCAAAUGAUUUUAUAUUGUUCAUGGCUCUUUUACAAGAAAAUGAGCUUUUUUAAAAAAAAAAAAAAGGAGAGAAGACAUUUAUAUUAUAAAACUAUUUUGGAAAUUCACUGAGAAAGGAAUAAAUCUUGAGGUAAAUAUUUUUGGCCCUUUGGAUACUGCUACAGUUCUGAACACAGAUUUUUAAACUCGCCAUCAAAAUGAUGGUAGUGUACAGUUAUGAUUCCCCAUGGAGGCGAUAAUUAUUUCUUGUUUAAAGGGUCAUUUGUAUUUCGUUGCUGUUAUCAUUGAUCGAUAUAACCAAUAAGUAUACUCAGAAUAUUAAACAUUAAACCCAGAUUUGCCAUUGUAAUCCUUAUUAGCUUCAGCAUCCAAAAUUUAACCCUCCACGUCCUUUAUAGAAAGGAGAUGCAUCGGAAAUGUCCUGCAAACUGCCACUGCAAGUCAGCCGUCCCCCGGGGCUGUGUUUUGCUGUUCUGUGAUCACAUAUAUCAACCUAAAUUACAAAUAAAGACAGAACAUAGUAUUUAAUGAAACAAUGAAAUUUUCAUUUAUUGAAUGACAAAUUUUUGCUAGAUAUUUUAGAUAUAAGUAUUUUGGCUACAUGGAUUAAUUUAAAUGAAUCUAUUAGGCAUUCUGAUAUUUAACAAGUCUUAAAAUAUUUAUAGAAAAUAAAAGCAAAUUGGUAUAAAUUUUUAAGCAAUUCUAUUUUUCUAGAGAAGAUUAGUGACAAUCUGAAUAUGUAGUAUUCUAGAAAACAAACUUUAAAAAAAAAAAGAGCAAAAAUCAACUAAUAGCAUGCAAGAUCAUGGAUCCUGCAUUCGAUAUUUUAUGUGUGAGACUUAAAAUUUUUCAAGCUUGGGUUCAUAGAGUUUGCAUUCUUGUGUCUAAAAUCAUUUGGAGGAUUGUUUGCAUUUAUUUGAAAUUCAAAAUGAAGUUACAUAUGCAUGCAAAGAAAUUAACUCAAAGUACUCUGGUAUGUUGGCUUUUAAAACUUGAAGUGGGUUUGUUUUGUUUUAUUUUGUUUGUUUCCUGUUAUUUCAUGGACCAGUUAUGUGUUAAGAGGAAUAAUGGUAGGUUUUACCAUCUCUGAGAGUUACUUGCUGUGUUUUAGAUAAACUGGGUCCAUAAGGUUUGGAAAAUUGCCUAAUUUAUAGGUACUUGGAUGAAAUUCUUUCAUAAAUUUUAAUAAUUUGCUUAACUCAAAGUUUCUGUUCAAGUGUCAGAUUUUUUUAAUUGCUUCCUCUGAGGCCUGGGCAUUUGAAGACAAGUUCUCUGUGAGGUUUCAGCAUUACUCCUGGAGGCAUUUCUUAGGUUUUCGUUUGCCAUGAAUGAAGAAAGGCAAAAGUCCCGUCCGAACACAUGUUUCUUUCCUUUUAUUUUUAAGAAAUAUCAACAUGUCCCAUAAGACCCUAUUAGCAUAUCUGCAUUGCUCUUUAGCUCCCACUAUGUAAAUAAGCACCUUAAUGAUCGGUUUGUAUGCAUUGCCUUGCUUUAAGUACUUUAGCAGUCUGUGCAGUUGAAAAGCCCACCUAGUUAUGGGCAUCAGUAGUGUUUCAUAGAAGGUUGUGCAUCUUGUGUUUUGGAUUUCAUCAAAAGGAAACAUUUUAUUCUGUUAUAUUGGCAGAGUGUUUCUCAGCAGGUGUGAGCUACCAGUGAGAAUCUUCCUGUGUGAAGAAUCUCCGAAUGUGCACACACAGCUCCCAGCCUUAACCACAACUCACUCAUGUUAAAGCUAAGUCUGAUACAAACCUCUGAUGUGUGCAGAAAUGAGAAAAUCCCACAGGGCCCGGAGUAGGAGGAGACAGCAAGACUGCUUUUCCUUUCAGAGAUGUUAUUUCUUCCUUAAUUGGUCGUUUUCCGCUGAGCUCACCUGGCCUGCUCAUCUCCAGUGCCCCACAGUCUUCAGUAUCCCCUCUCCAUAUGCCAGGGCCUCUCUGUGUCUCUCUCUGAGACAUCCCCACUCAUCUGGAUGCUUCUCAAUCUCUUGCGGCAAGUUUCAGAGUUUACAAACAGGUUUUCUUAUGGACACAAGGAUUGUAGGAGGUAUAAAUAAAGAUCCGACAAACCACAAUUUAUUAAGAGGCUACAGGAAGCCAGUCAGCAUAUAAUAAUACUUGUUUACAACUUGAAACAAAAGUAAUUAUGUUUUAUUAAGACACAUCUGUAAGCUCUUUCUUAAACUGGUUUAGCAAUAGGAGUUUUAUACAGUGUUUCAGCUAGGGAUUUAUUGUAGGUGUGUUAAUUAUAUAAAUGUUCUUUAUAGACCCCCAUGACAGUAUUGAGGGUACAAAACAGAGCUGUUAUGAUGAAGGCAGGGUCUGGCUUGUGGCGAAUUGUUUGAGUCUUCAACAUAAAUGACUUCUGUAUGACGUCUUAAAUAAAUAUUUAGUGUUUCCUGGGAGUACAAUGCCCAGGGACUUGAGCCCUGGUACCUUUGUGGUCCAGACUUCAGCUCCCACCUUUUAGAUAGUGUGUCAUAUUUUGAUUGCUUUCUAUUGCAGUAGGCAGCUUCUAAAGAUGGGUUUCUUUGCAUUGAAAAUACUCACAUGUAUCCACCCUGAAUAGCAGUUUUGAUAUCAGGUCCUGCACACAAGACCAACACAAUGACAACUGUUUCUAAAUCUCAGAUUUAUAAGCUCUGAGCCUCUGGCUGGGAAUUUGUUAGUCACCAUCUCACCUUUUUUCUUUGCAUUUUAAUGUAAUUCUUCAAUUGGUGUGUUUUAUAAUCAUUUGUUCCUUUUUAGUUAAUAGAACCUAAUAAUAUGGCUGUAAAUAAAAUGUGCUCUGUAUUUUUGUUGCUUGGUUGAUUGGUUUGAUUGAUUAUGUCCGCUUUUUACUUAAGGAAUUUUUGUGUAGAUUAUAUUCUUAAAAGUAGGAUAAACUAUGAAGUUUUUUGGGUUAUUUGAAUUUGUAAUAACAUUUCAACAUAGAUCUUAUUUGCAAAAGCUACUUUAAAACUUCAGUACAUGCAUUAGCUAUAGUGAUAUGUACGAUUUUUCUCUGAUACUAUAAUAUAUUAUAUUGUCAAAAUAUGCUUAAUAAUUUAUUUCCAUAAGACAGAAGAGUUUUAUUUACAAAACAUAAGGCCAGAUAAUUUAUAAAUCAGUGUUACUAAGAUGUAUCAGUAAUUAAAAUACAACCUAGGAUCUUCGAUUUGGUUUCUGGUUGUGCUAUGUUUGAAGGGAUAAAUGUCUUUUCAGUACUUUCAUUAAACUUUUGAAAUGUUUGUAUACUUUGUAUGUGUGCCAUUUUGACGUUUAUGCAAGUUCUAAGCAAUAACCUGCAUGUUCUACCUGGGCAGCAUCCUCUGUCAGGACAGUUUCCUUUAGUAUUAAGAACGAUACAGAUCAAUAUUGUAUAGUUCUCCCCUCUCCCAGUGAACACCUUGGGAGUUUCCUCUGUUAAAACACUACUAUAAUGUGGUGCAAAACUUUGUAUUUUGUGAAAAAAAAAAAUAAAGCCACAAUUAUUUAAUGCAAA